AUGUUUUACGAUCUCAACGUCCCCUACUCCUCGGAUGAUCCCGAGAUCGCUCAUACUUUGAGCUUCCUUGAAGAACUCGGUUACACAACCGUUGCUCUCUCGCAGACCAUAAGCGGAAAACUCCCACCUAGCCCUACUCCUCCUCCCACUCCAGCGAACGUACCGAAGAAUGUGAAAGUUCUGUCCCGUGUGAACCUGACUUUGUCCGACCCCGCCCAAAAUCAGCGUCUUGCCAGUCUGGCUCAGGUGUAUGACUUGGUCGCGCUUCGGCCUACAAAUGAGAAAGCGCUUCUGAAUGCGUGCACAAGUCUUGAAUGUGACGUGAUCUCUUUGGAUCUCUCCGUCAGACUUCCGUUUUAUUUCAAAUUUAAGAUGCUCUCCGCCGCCAUUGCGCGUGGGAUUCGAUUGGAGGUCUGCUAUGGGCCUGGUGUCACUGGGAGUGGUCUUGAAGCUCGACGGAACCUCAUCGGCAAUGCCAUGUCACUGAUUCGUGCCACGCGCGGAAGAGGUAUCAUCGUGUCAAGUGAGGCCCGGAAAGCUCUGGGUGUAAGAGCCCCGUGGGAUGUUAUCAAUCUGGCGUGCGUAUGGGGUCUAUCACAGGAGCGGGGCAAGGAGGCGAUCUGCGAGGAAGCAAGAAAAGUCGUUGCAUUGGCUAAAUUGAAGCGCACGAGCUGGCGCGGGAUAAUCGACAUCGUCGACGGAGGACAGAAAAAGACCCCACAAACUGGACAUGGACAACCGGCGUCGGUCCAGAACGGAGCUGUCUCUAAAAAGAAAGGUGCUUCCGAGACUCAGGGGAGCGGGGACAACCUGAAGAGGAAGGCGUCACUCGGCUCAGAAGCAGCUGUGGAGGAUAACGAAAAACCACUCUCGAAACGCGAAAUGAAGCGAAGGGCCAAGAAAGCGCGCUUAGAGGCAGUGGAAGCGACGGUCAGCUGA